CAUACACACUUCAAAGAGAGGAUUCUUCAAAAAUAUAUAUGUGGGUUCCUCUAUCGUUCCAAAAUUUACACUGUAACAGUAGGAGAACCCUUUUGAUGCUAUAUAGAACAGUUUUGAAAGUGUCUCUAAUAAAGAGCCCUUGAAGAACCAACUUUUUUAAUAGUGAUGAGGACAUCCAUUCAGUCAUUGAGUCAUAUCAUCGUCUACCCUAUUUGGAAAAAACACUAGCUUAAAUUCCAUGCUGGUCUGGUGCUGGUUUCACUUGUCACCCAGUAUGGUCAUGCUUGUUCACCAACAUCCCAGCAUCCAGAAUGCACCAUAUACUGUUUAGUUGGUGAUCAGCUGGUUUUUCUAGGAGAUAAUGAGAUAUUAGAUCAAUCUUACAUGAAUGAAGAUUAAUCUUUAGAUAAAAGGAUUCCUCCCUGAAAAAAUCUAGUUUUUAUAGCAAGUAAACGUGUGUUGUAUGGGCAGCACUUUACAUGCAAUAAAGACAAAGUUUACCUCUUGCAAUGGAAAAACACUUCCUUUAGCCAGCGAUAGUGUUUCACUAGCUAGCUUGUUUUUGCUUGUGUUAUUGAUUGUAUUCUGGACGUUAAAAGAGCACGGACUAAGGAGCAAGUUUUAAUGGCGGUCUGCGCUUGUUGGCAGCACAUUUUGCUUUAAUCCAGCACCAAAACGUUAAUAAGGUGUCCCCGGUUUUUGAGAUUACAUCUGGCCCAUUGAGAUGAACUGUGAGAAAUGAAUGAUGUCUUGGUGCAAGUCUCAACACAUCAACCUUCCAACAUGGUUUAAGUUCAAUUCCACAAGUGCAUCAGGACAUCUUAAGAAGAGGAAUACACCUCAGUGCUGAAAUCCAUAAAUGGAAUCCAUCCAACCAUUAAAUGGCUCCAGUACUCAAGAUAAUCUAUGCAACAGUGCUUCUCAAAGUGAAACACAAACAAAUAAAGUCAUUGAGAGAAACCACCACUGCUCAGAAUGCGGAAAAAGUUUCAGUCAACAGAGUAAUCUCAACAGACACCAGCGCAUUCACACAGGAGUGAAACCACAUCACUGCUCAGAGUGCGGAAAGCGUUUUUACCAACAGACACGUCUCCAGCGACACCAGCGCGUUCACACGGGAGAGAAGCCGUAUCGCUGCUCAGAGUGUGGGAAGAGCUUUACUCAACAGAGUAAUCUCAAAGCACACCAGCGCAUUCACACUGGAGAGAAACCGUAUCACUGCUCAGAGUGUGGAAAGAGUUUUAAUCAGAAGGUUAGUCUCCAGCUGCAUCAGCGCAUUCACACGGUCGAAAAGUUGUAUCACUGCUCAGAGUGCGGGAAGAGCUUCACACUACAGGGUCACCUCCAGAGACACCAGCGCAUUCACACGGGAGAGAAACCGUAUCACUGCUUAGAGUGCGGGAACAGUUUUAGAGAUACAAGUACUCUCAAAAAACACCAGCGUAUUCACACAGGAGAGAAACCAUAUUACUGCUCAGAGUGUGGGAAGAACUUCAGGCAUUCGAAUUCUUUACAGAGACACAAAUGCAUUAAAAAAGAAGCAGAAAUGUAUGAAAUUUGUGUGUCAAUUUAAUAAAUGUUUUCAUUAUCAUUUUUUUAGGCUAGCCUCAAUGAUGCUUAGAUAGCUUAUAGUGAUGGCGGUUGUUAGUGCUGUAAAAGAGAAGGUUCCUACUUUCUCCUGUGUGAUUUGUAUGGCUAAAUGAUAUUGUGAUUGUGUGAUUAUUAUGCCUUACAAUCUACAAGUUUAGGCUCUGUAUCUUCAGGUCCAUGUCAUUUAUACCUCCCAAAGUGGUGAAUGUUAUAAAACAUGGUGCUGAGAUCUGGUACUAUGUCCCUCUAAGGCAGGGUUGCCCAUUCCUUGUCCUGGUGAUCUACCACCCUGUAGAGCUCAGAUCCAGAAUCUAAUAUUCAGUUGCUCUUUGGGUUGGUUGUACCAACAUGUCUUAACUAAGAUGGUCUCAUCUGGUAAGUCAGUUGUAGCUGAGAGCAUUUUUCAGAGAGAACUUUACGCCCAUUGCACCAUCCAACCAGUGCAAAUGAGACUGGUUUUAGUGGUUCAAAUUCAUGUAUAAACAUGUGUAAACAACCUAGGCUACUAAGUAAAAACGUUUGCAUGCCAAUACCUGCUACUUGCAACAGCAGAAAUAAUUUCACCAACACUGACAUUUGCUUACUGAUCAAGUUCUAGUAUCAUACUCAUGGAUAAACAUCAAGAUUAACAUUAGGUGGUUCAAGAAGACCGCAUCUUUUUGAACCACAACCGUCCACUUACUUAUUUUGGGGUUCACGACCCUCUCCACCAUGACUUAACCCUGAAACACCACAGCUUUUCCCAUUUCUCUGCAUGAGACCUGGACUUAAGCUCUAGAAGAUCAUCUCUGCAGUCUGUUUCUUCUGUAAACACUUGCUACGUUAAUAGUUCUGCUUUUACUCAUAGUGUGUGCAAGGCAAGAACCUUAGCACAAGAUGGUUACCAAAGGACACCAGAAAAUGGGGUAAAAGGUACUUGCAGACAUCUGAGAGCUCUUUACAAACUUGAAAAUAUGAAAUAAGUGAUGUUUUUUUUUUCAUUUUGCAGCACAGCUAAUCACAUACUGUUGAUCCACAAGUUAGCAGUUAUUUAGGUUAGUAGUUUAAUUGCUGCUGCAUGCUGUGCCAAUAACUCAAGCAGCAACUGGCACAAUGUGCAGUAGCGCUUUACAAGCAAAGAACUAGGUUAUGUAGGUGGCUAUGAAGGCCUAGAAAGGGUUUGCAGUUUGAGAUUAUGGCUGCUUCCAAAUAGAUGUAAAAGUCACCAGUCUUAGUGAAAAUUCAGUUUACAACCAGUUGGUGCAGCGGUUCUAAAGUUAUGCCUGGAAAGUUACAACCGUGGUAUUGGGCACCUCUGCUCUAAGGAAUGUUUGCAAGUUGGUUAAUGGUUAUUGGGACAUGUCAUAUGUUUCAAAUAUGGACUACAACUGUAAGACAAGCGUUUGUGAAUUGUGCAAAACCAAGAAAUUUUGAGGAAUUUUGGAAGGCUGGCUGGCAUAUGGGUACUCUGUUAAAAUCAGAGUGUAUAAGCAGAUAAAUAUAACGUAUAUAACGUCUGUCCAGUUUUCCAAGGUUUAAAUAUUUUUUCCAUUCACCUUCUUGCUGUCAAAAUCCCAGCUCACUGCUGGUGAUCUAAUCGUCAUAGUAUGUAAUGUCAUGAAAAGAUCUCCUGAAGUCUUAGAAGUAAUUUUGAUACCCUACUCAUUCACACUUGAAACAGAGGAAAUAAGCCAAGGACACCUGUUGACUGUUAUGUUAUGUUAGUGUCCCUGUUGGGAACAGUAACAUCAUUUUUAUCAAUUUCACAGUUUUGAACCAGAGUUCUCUGUGUGCUACUGUGUUUCCUGUAUUAAAGACGAAUGAGGCUUCCUUUCUUGUUGGUCCCUAUUGGUUUGUUUAUUCAGAGUUAUGAUAAAGCGUGACUGAUGUGUGGCUUAUGUUCAUGUUUUCUUGUUAAAAAAGGUAGUUUGUGACACAAACUGAAUAAAGAACUUUUCUCAGAA